UGUGUUAGCAUCGUUAGCUGUUAGCAGCAGUUCGUGGUUCUGUCCCCGCUCUGCCCCGGCUUUCCGUGAGGACAUGUCCCGGGUCCAGAAGCUCCGUGUCUUCGUCAGUCAGCGGCUGAACGCAGCGGUCGAAGAGAUUUGGGCCGCGUUUGAAAAAACGAUCGUUAAAUAUGAAGAGGAAGCGGCUCUGUGUCAGGAGGUCAUCUCCCGCCAGCACGCGCUGCUCUGCACGCUCCACAAACCGCUCAUGGAGGUGCCGUCCGCGGAUGCUUUCACCCAGCAGCUCGUGCUAAGUAAAGACGAGGUGUGUCCUGAGCAGCAAGACCGGGACCCGGACCCGGACCAAGAAGGAGAACACCUUCAAGAUCUGGAUGAAGCUGAGAUCAUCAAGUUCACCUAUAAUCCCAGGUGUGCCGUGAGGCCAGGUGAGGACGUGGACCUGCCAGCUGCCAGGGCUGCUCAGGUAGACCCAGGGUCAGCAGAUCCAGAUCAGGACGUCCAGCUGGUGUUGUCUUCAGAGACUGAAGACAGCGACGACUACAGCAAAGACUCUGCCGAGCCCAGUCCUGCUCCGAACAGACUGAAACCAAAGACGAAGCGCAGACCAGGAGGACUCAGCUGCAGGGUCUGCAGCCGGACUUUUAAAGCUCACAGGUUUCUUUUCAGACACGUUGAAGGUCACCUGCAGGAUCCAGAGCAGGUCUGUGGUUUGUGUGGUGAACAGUUUGAGACCACUGAUGGUCUGAGGCUUCACAUGCAGACUCAUUGGUCCACUGGGAGGAGGAGGGACCCAGGAGACCAGACCGAGACCCAGAGCGGAGAGCGACGGUUAUACCAACACUCAGACACUGACACGAACACCAGAGUCCACAAAGACCAGAAGACUUUUCUACAGGUGAGGAACAAGAAACACAGGCGUCACCUCCGGAGGAAAAACCAGAACCCUGUGAGUGUGAAGGGGACUAAGAGGACGAGGAAGACUUAAAGUUCUGGUCCGUUCCCUGUCCAGUCGUACUGUGGCAGUUUAGUGUGUCAUUCCUACAGAGUGAUUCUGAUCAUCUUUAUAAACAGUGGGUUUGUCUCAUGGUUGAUUUUUUCUCAGGUUUUUUUUUUUUAUUUAAUUAUUUUA